AUGCACGGAGGGGAGAGGUCACCGACGGGCGUCACGUCGGAGCGGGGUCUCACUGUGGGCCAAGGAGAAGUCGUGGGAGAGCGUCAAGCAGAAAGGGGUGUGAUCGACUCAUAUCUGAAAAGCAUUAGUCUGGCUGUGGAGUUGAAAAUGAAGUCCAGAGAGGCAAGGAUGGAUACGGAGAUGCUGGUGGCCCGCACCAGGGUGGGGGCGGUGGAGGUUUGGGAUUGA